ACCGCCAGCCCCAGCCACCACCACCACCCUUUUCUUUCUCCUUUUUCUCUGUAUAACCAAAGGAAGAAGAAAGUACCCAUUUUCUGAGGCCAAAUGGGUACCUUCACAAGCUUCAGAAAAGCCUAUGGCGCCCUCAAGGACUCCACCAAGGUUGGCCUUGCCAAGGUCAAUAGCGAAUACAAGGAUUUGGACAUUGCGAUCGUCAAAGCCACCAACCAUGUUGACAUUCCUCCUAAGGAACGCCAUAUCAGAAAAAUAUAUUCUGCCACAUCGGCAGCAAGCCCACGAGCAGAUGUUGCCUACUGCAUUCAUGCACUUUCUAGGAGGCUGGCAAAGACGCGUAGCUGGAUUGUCGCGAUAAAGACAUUGAUAGUUCUCCAUAGGACAUUGAGAGAAGGUGAUCCUACCUUCAGAGAGGAACUACUGAACUACUCAUGGAGAGCUCACGUUCUCCAAAUUUCCAAUUUCAAGGAUGACUCGAGCCCUCUUGCUUGGGAUUGUUCUGCGUGGGUCCGAACAUAUGCACUCUUUCUAGAAGAAAGGCUUGAAUGCUUUAGGAUUCUUAAAUAUGACAUUGAGGCAGAACGUUUGUCUAAAACCUCACCAGGAGUGAGCAAGGCACAUAGUAGGACACGGCUAUUGAAUAGUGAAGAGCUGUUGGAGCAGCUACCUGCAUUGCAGCAGCUUUUGUACCGGCUAGUAGCUUGUAAGCCGGAAGGAGCAGCUUACCAUACUUUUCUUGUACAGUAUGCCCUGGCUCUGGUGCUGAAAGAAAGCUUCAAAAUAUAUUGUGCUAUCAAUGAUGGGAUCAUCAAUCUUGUGGAUAUGUUUUUCGAUAUGACUAGGCAUGAUGCAGUUAAAGCUCUUAAUAUCUAUAAAAGAGCAGGCCAGCAGGCUGAAAAUCUUGCUGAGUUUUAUGAAUAUUGCAAAGGUCUGGAGCUAGCUAGGAACUUUCAGUUUCCAACACUAAGACAGCCACCUCCGUCAUUUCUUGCAACAAUGGAAGAAUACAUAAAAGAGGCACCUCAAUUUGGUUCUGUCUCUAAUAGGAGAAUGCAACAGGAAUAUGAUGAGGAAAGCUCAGAAUCUGAGCAGCCUGAGGAACCUGCCUCUCAAGAAAAUGAAGAACAAAUAGAAGAAGUUGAAGAAAAAGAAACACCGGAGGAAACACAGGAGGAGCCUGAACCUGAGAAGGAGGAGGAAGUUCCACCACUAAUAUCACCUGAAGAAACUGGGGAUCUGCUGGGCUUGAAUGAAAUAAAUCCACAGGCUGCGGAACUAGAAGAAAAUAAUGCAAUGGCCCUAGCCAUAAUUCCACCUGGUAAUGAUCCUCUAUCAAGCAGUCAUGAUUUGAGUGAAAUUGUAAAGACUUCAGGAUGGGAGCUAGCACUGGUUACCACACCGAGCAACAAUAAUGCCCCUACAACAGAAAGCAAAAUGGCUGGUGGAUUUGACAAGCUGUUACUCGAUAGUUUGUAUGAAGAUGAUUCUGCGAGGAAACAGCUACAGCUCCAGAAUGCCGGCUACAAUGCAGGCUAUGGAUAUGAAAUGACCGCACCAAAUCCAUUUGAUCAAAGGGAUCCAUUUAUGAUGUCCAACAGUGUAGCACCCCCAGCCAACGUGCAGAUGGCCGUGAUGAAUCAGCAGCAAAUGCUGUUGCAGCAGCAACAACAGUAUCCGCAAAAUAUGAUAACAGCAGCACCUCAUCAAUAUUUACCUCAAUAUCCUCAGCAGCAGCUGCCAUAUACAGGUUCUAAUCCAUUUGGAGAUCCGUUUAGCUACCCACAAACUGCCACACCACCACAGGGAAACCAUGCUUUACUUUAGAGUCUUUUCUUUUUCUCCUAAAGAGAGAGAGAGAGAGAGAAAAAAAAAAAAAAGUGAAUUCUUUAAUUCUUUCAAGUGGGGGGAAUUGUCUUUCCUUGGAGUUUCGAAUGCUCAUUCUUUGUUCACCGAGUAAAUAAUCAACAUAUGCAUUCUCUUGUACUCGAAGAAUUCUGACAGUGAAUGUAGACUAAUGAUCAUG